GUGACCAACGGUCAGUUGCACUGAUUACCGGCACCACAGCCGGUCGUAGUGCGAAAUCAUUUUGCCGUCGAAUGUCAUAUUUCGAUUUAAACGCUGCCAACUCCAACACCUUUAUAAUAUUACGAUUCAAAGGUCUCACCGUCUCGCGCAAACAGCAGAGAAACCAUCUGAGACGAUGAAGUCUACCGGGCCGGAUCGGCCAAAUGAGCAGCGACCUUCUCAUAAUCAUUGCAAUCUGCCUUUGCGACUGCAGACCACCACUGUCCUAUUGCUGAUUUUUCACUUUGUCUCUCCAACUUUGACCCUGAGGAGUGAAGCAUACCGCGAGACUUACACUGAUGACGCGGUCAUAAUCGAAGCGUAUCCUGUGGAUCAGGGACAUUCGGCAGGUCGUAAUAUCGAUCACCACCAUGAUUCGAUGAUGAGUAACAGCGGUAGCGGUCCUCAAAGCGCCUACGAUAUCAGUACCGACAAAACGUCGAGGACGAAAAGACAGAGUUCGUGGGCGAUGGUAUCAGGUCCAUGUCUGACGGGCAGAGGCACGUUGGGCAAGUGUACGAGUUUUCGAAUGUGCUAUCCGUAUGUCAAAGCGCCAAACUUCCAGUACUGGGACUCGUGGAUGGUGGGAAUGUACGAUACAUGCACGUACAUAAGUAUCGACCACAAACAGAUGUUUGGCGUGUGCUGCGAUCACCCGAGCUUCAUCGGAGAGAGUCAUAAAGAAGAAGGAGUGAGACCACCACCAUCGAUGGUGCCACCAAAUUGGCCACCACCUUUGCCAACGCACCCUCCGGACCAUACUAUACCGCCGAUUCCUACUCAUCCUCCACACACGCCACCACCAAUGCAUCCAACUAAGCCAACGCCUCCGCAGCAACCGACGAUACCGCCAUGGCCGCCGCUUCAGCAUCAAAACUUCACUACUUCUACUACUACUACUACUACUACUACUACCCCGCACAAUAAACCUACUAAACCUACCACCACUACACCGUCUUAUGUGGACAACGAAGCCGGGAAUUUUGAUUAUCAAUGUGGUCUGAAGAAUGGUCCUCAAGAUCAAGAGAGGAUCGUCGGUGGUCAAAACGCAGAUCCCGGAGAAUGGCCGUGGAUUGUAGCUAUAUUCAAUGCGGGCAGGCAUUUUUGCGGAGGAUCUCUAAUCGAUGACACACACGUAUUGACAGCGGCACAUUGCGUUGCUCACAUGAAUUCGUGGGACGUAGCUCGUUUGACAGCGAAUCUCGGCGAUUACAAUAUAAAAAGUAAAACUGACGUGAAGCACAUGGAGAGAAAAAUAAAAAGAGUCGUACGGCAUAAAGGUUUUGAUCAAAGAACUCUGUACAACGAUAUCGCGCUCCUGACUCUGGAUAAACCAGUGAAGUUUGAUAAACAAGUACACCCGAUAUGUUUGCCGAUGAGCAGAUCUAUGUACGCAGGACAGACCGCUACAGUCAUCGGCUGGGGCAGCUUGAAAGAGAGUGGUCCACAACCGGCUAUUUUGCAGAAGGUCAACGUACCAGUGUGGACAAAUCAAGAAUGCAAAUACAAGUACGGAGCCGCGGCUCCGGGCGGGAUUGUAGAUCACUUCUUGUGCGCAGGAAAAACAGCAAGAGACUCUUGCAGUGGUGACAGCGGAGGUCCCUUGAUGCUCAACGAUGGUAAAUGGACCCAGGUGGGUAUUGUCAGUUGGGGAAUAGGGUGCGGCAAAGGUCAGUACCCAGGAGUAUAUACCAGAGUUACGAGUUUCAUGAACUGGAUUACAAGAAAUUUAAAAACGUAAAUUGAUAUUAGUAUAGUAUAGCUUACCGUUAAUAAUAAUUGUGUCUCGGUAAAUUAUUAUUAUAUUAUAAAUUGAUAUUA